AUACCUCAAACAAGUAUUGAUCCGUACCAAAUCCACUCGGGAAAAAUAGGGCGAGAUGGAGAGAGCUGGGUGAUCGCUUGAGCACGUUAAAGGAGAAGAAGUCAUGGCGAUCUCUGGAGAUCUGAAGGCCUUUGGGACCUUCUCCACUUAUCAUCCCAAGCAUCCCUUGCGACCCGCCCUCUCUUCCUCUAAGGUACAGCUUGGCAGAUUUCUCAAUGCAGGAUCUAAUGAUCUUAGGAUCACACCUAAAUGGCCAUAUAUAAUGACCCCAACUUCUAAUACAGUUCACAACAGUCACCGGUGCUUUGUGUUUGGAGGAAACAAACUCUCCUCGACAACCAUCACUCAAGAUGCUGAAGGAAUUCUUCUCGAUGCUAUCAACAUGAACUUCUUUGAUCGUUUGAGCUUGGCUUGGAGGAUUCUAUUUCCCACCAGAACUGCAAGAAUAAAUUCCAAUGCAAGGAUUGCAAAGCAGAGGCUUAAGAUGAUCUUAUUCUCUGAUAGAUGUGCAGUCAGUGAUGAAGCAAGGAAAAAGAUUGUUCGGAAUAUCAUUGAAGCCUUGUCUGAAUUUGUCGAGAUAGAUUCUCAGGAUAAAGUCCAACUAAAUGUCUCAACAGAUGCAGACCUUGGUACGGUAUACUCUGUGACUGUCCCUGUCCGGCGGGUGAAGCCAGAAUACCAAGAUUCCGAGGAGGAUUACCAGGGGAAAAUAACGGGCAUCGAACAUAAAGACACUGGAGAGACUUCCGGGACUGUUGAUGUCACAUUUGAUUUCUUCAUCCCCAGUGGGAAAUAAUUAGUUUUGUUUGUUUGUUUGUUUCUUUUCCUGGAGAAAGAAAAUAUCAUGCUUCGGGGUAUUGUUCUUCACGUUUAGCCAUUGGAAUUUUCUUGUAACCUUUUGAACUCUUUGGAAUCUGCAGGUUGUAAAUAUAUUUGAAAUUUGUGACGGCGAGAUUUAUUUGGAAAUGCAUGCCAUCCAACAUUUGGACAAA